CGUGAACGAGUCUCGCGACACACAAACCAUGGCCCCCACAGCAGUCGUUGAAGUCGACCUCAAGGGCCAACUGCCGAAGAUUGCGUCUGGCAAAGUGCGCGACCUUUUCGCCGUGGACGAAAACACGCUCCUAUUCGUGACAAGCGACCGAAUCUCCGCAUACGAUGUGGUUAUGAAGAACGGCAUUCCACACAAAGGCGCUUUGCUCACAGCAAUGAGCGUGUUCUGGUUCCAUUACCUCCAAGACAAAAUUCCGACGCUGAAAACGCACUUUCUCACCGACGCCCUUCCGGAAAGCCUCGAAACUUCGCUCGAUCCGUCCCUCGUUGCCUUGCUCCGCCCGAGGAGCGUGCAAGUGCGGCGCUUGCACGUGGUGCCGAUCGAAUCCAUCGUGCGCGGCUACAUCGCAGGCUCCGCCUGGUCGGAAUACAAGAAGCUAGGCGCGGUGAACGGGAUAGCCCUGCAAGCCGGGUUGGUCGAGGGCCAGAAGCUCGACGCGCCGCUGUGGACGCCGAGCACGAAAGCGGAGGCGGGCAUGAAGGACGAAAACAUCAGUCCGGAGCGUGCCAGGGCGCUGAUUGGUGACGGGAGAAUCGCAAGGGAGAUUGAGCGACUCAGCCUCGAGAUUUAUACCGCGGCAGCCAGCAGGGCAGAGGAAGUGGGCAUCAUCCUGGCGGACACAAAGCUCGAAUUCGGGCUAGACGAAGCCGGCGACGUCGUCUUGGUGGACGAGGUCUUGACCUCGGACAGCAGCAGGUUCUGGCUGAAGGCGACGUGGGAGGAAAACCUUGGGCGGGCGCAGCCGAGCUUUGACAAGCAAUACCUGCGCGACUGGCUGGUGUCGCAGGGGCUCAAGGGGAAGGGAAACGUAGUGAUUCCGGAGGAGGUGGCUAGCCAGACGGCGGCCAGGUAUCGCGAGGCAUACCAGAUGCUUACGGGAGGAGAGUUUAGAAGCAAGUAGUUGUUCGGCCUAAAGGUACAUCCAGUCACGGAAUGACUUUGCCUGGGUCCUACAUCCCAUCCCAUCCCCCGUCGUCAUCCUC